UUGUAAUGCAGCUUUGAUGAGGUGUGAAAGUUCUCAUGGAAUUCAACGACCUGCAGCCUCAAUGGAGAGCGCACUCACGCUUUAACCAACAUGCGUUUUAGAGCAGGCGAUCGUAAAGGGGGGGAAUCCCUCUUUGCAUUUUAUUUGCAGAGCAAGAGGAAGGAAAAUAAUAAAGGCUGAUCGCGUUCUUUUUGGUUUCCCUUUCUACCGAGAGAUGAUGUUUUCGUCUGCAGGCAAGCGCUGCUUCACGAUAGAGUCUCUGGUCGCUAAAGAGAACCCUCUAACGGCGGAGGAUCCCAUCCGCCCGACGGCUUUAAGUUACUCCAACCCGACGACAGAUGCCUUAAUGAACAGUUACCAGGCUCCACCACCGGCCAGGUCCCUCUACCAGAGCCCGGACCUGGUGUUCCCGGAGACGAUGAACCACCCCUCACUCACCGUGGCUCCUCACCAGCUCGGAGGAUCCCACCUACAGCAUCCGCACUUCUUUGGGACGCAACACCGAGACCCGCUCAACUUUUACCCCUGGGUGUUACGGAACAGAUUUUUUGGACACAGAUUUCAAGGUAACGACGUGUCCCAGGACAGCCUGCUCCUCCACGGCCCUUUCGCGAGAAAACCCAAACGCAUCCGGACGGCCUUCUCUCCCUCCCAGCUCCUCCGGCUGGAAAGAGCCUUCGAGAAGAACCACUAUGUGGUCGGAGCCGAGAGGAAACAACUGGCCAACAGCCUGAGUUUAUCUGAAACGCAGGUGAAGGUGUGGUUCCAGAACAGGAGGACCAAGUACAAGCGACAGAAGCUGGAGGAGGAGGGACCAGACAGCCAGCAGAAGAAGAAGGGGAACCACCACAUCAACAGAUGGCGCAUCGCCACUAAGCAGACCAGCUCCGAGGACAUUGACGUGACCUCAGAGGACUAAAUCUGCGGUCCAACCUCUGACAAUGCUGCCCUACCCCUGCAUCUGCUUGUGACGCAUCAGAGGACCAAUACUAUUUAUUAUGUAAUAUUAUUAAGUAUAAUUAGGCACAUUAGAGGAAGACUCGAGGACUUAAUAUGUGAUCACUGCUCAUCUCUUCAUCAAGGUGCUAUACUCUGUGACACUGGGAGGGGUGGGGGGCAUCUUAUUUAAUGAAAUCUCCUCUGAUUGUCUCUGGAUGAGGAGAGAUUCUGACAUCGUUUGAUCAUUUUAGUUGUGUGACAGCCAAACAUGAAGAGACAUGACACCCUCUACCAUGGUGUUUUUGUUGUUUUGUUUUUUAAAUUGUACAUAGACCAGUGAAG